CGGGCGAGGGCGAGCGGGGGAAGGGCCGGAAGCCGAGCGGUCGGGACGCCGGGAGCGAAGCUCCUGCAGCGGGCGCUGAGGGCCAAGCGCCGGGAGGCCGCAGCGGGCGGGCGGGGACCGAGGCCGGGGCCGCGGCCCGGGCUUCCGGAGCCGGUGUGGAGGAAGCCUUGCCGAAGCCGAGCGGCAACAAUAGUCCCCGCGAGGAGUAGUGCGGAAUCGCGAGGAAGUGGGAUCUCGGUUUCAUGGAGGCUGCGGCCAGAGUAAUUUUCGGAGCCUGGAUGUGGAGAAGCAGAAAGAACUGAGGAAAUUGUAUCUCAGAAAAAGGCCUAACGGAGCCUGGGUCUAACCCGACUGGGCGAGGUGGAGGAACCUGCAAGUUUAAGGGAAAAAGAGCGAUUUAUGAUUCCCUCGGGUUUGUGCUAAUGCUACCAUUUUAAAGGCAAAAAGCAUUGCACUUCAGGUGUUUUGUGAUUUUUUUUUCCUAUGUGCGAUUGACUCAUUUUAGAAUUCAAAAUCCUGAAUGUAAAAGAUUGCUGUUUUUUUAAAGAAAUUUUGGUUCCCAGGGUUGCGCUGGUCUUAGUGUGUGUACAUACUGUUGUAUGGGUUUAUUUAUUUUAAGCUGUGUAAAUCAGCUGGAAGAUUUUUUUUUUCCAAGUGCCAUUUCGGAUUUAUUCAUCCUUUUUUAUCCUUCCCUCGAGUAAUUCUGCUGUUGUCAUUUUAAGCAUUGGAAACCAGAGAUUUUUUUCACCCUUCGGAGCUUAAGGCUCCCUUGCAAACAGAAAGACAGUUGGGAAAAAGGAUUUUUAUCUGUUUGCAGUUAAGACUGAUGUUUUGAAGGCACAUUCUUUCUGUGAUUCAUUUUUUAGCCUGUAGUGCUAACCUUGAAGAGAUUUGUGGUUAGGAUUUUGGUUUCUAAGAAGGUCAUAGUUUUUUCUCUUUUCGUCUUUUUCUUUCUUUUUUUCCUUUUUAACACGGCAAGGGGAGGGGAAAGGGUCAAGAAAGCAGGAAACCAUGUUAACUGGUAGAAGUAGAAUGGAGCUGCAGUUACCAGGGUCCUGACAGCUGGAAGAGAAAGGAUUCAGUCCUCAACUUGGGAGGCCCUCCGCUCGCUUUCUUACAAAUUGCAAGGGAUUCAGUCCUGAUCAAGACACCCAAAGGAGUUACAGGAUUCUGGAAUUGUGGAGACGCCAAGAAACCAUGAGCGUAAGAUUACCCCAGAGUAUAGACAGAUCAGCCAGUAAAAAGCAAUCUCACCUGUCCAGCCCCAUUACAGCCUGGUUAAGUAGCCUGUCUUCUCUGGGAGAGUCCACAACUGAACGCAAGUUCCCGUCCCACCACUACCAACCCUCCGACACCUCUGAGACAACAGGUCUUGUUCAACGCUGUGUCAUCAUCCAAAAGGACCAACAUGGCUUUGGCUUCACAGUUAGUGGGGAUCGCAUUGUUUUGGUCCAGUCUGUGCGUCCUGGAGGUGCAGCCAUGAAGGCCGGUGUGAAAGAGGGUGACCGGAUCAUCAAAGUUAAUGGCACCAUGGUGACGAACAGCUCACACUUGGAGGUGGUGAAGCUUAUCAAAUCUGGUGCCUAUGUUGCACUGACCCUUCUGGGCUCAUCACCUUCCUCUAUUGGUGCUGGUGCCUCUGGGCUCCAGCAGGACCCAUCUUUGGCAGGAGUGCCCCGAGUCACCCCCAUGAUUCCUCCACCACCACCUCCUCCACCCCUGCCAUCUUCACAACACAUCACGGAACCCAAACCUCUUCAGGAUCCCGAAGUUCAAAAGCAUGCCACCCAGAUCCUCAGGAAUAUGUUGAAGCAGGAGGAAAAAGAGUUACAGCAUAUCUGUGAGGUGUAUAGCCGGAACCCCAUCAGCCUGCUGGAAGAGCAGAUGGAAGGUGCUCGGCGGCGAGUCACUCAGUUACAGCUGAAGAUCCAACAGGAGACUGGUGGCUUGGUGGACAUACUUCCACUAUAUGGUGAAACUAGCCAGAGACAAUCUGAAGGCCACCUUUCCCUGGAUUCCCAGGAGGCAGACAGUGGCUUGGACUCGGGGACAGAACGCUUUCCCUGUACCAGUGAGUCAUUGAUGAAUCGGAACUCGGUAUUGUCAGAUGCUGGACUAGACAGCCCCCGAACAUCCCCUAUAAUCCUGGCAAGGGUGGCACAGCACCACAGGCAACAGAACUCAGAUGCACCAGUACUCCAACCCAAUGACCAGGAUCCUAGGGAAUCUAGAUACCAAGGGCUUCAGAGACCAGGUGUUACAAGACUGGAGGAUCUCCAGAUAUGUGAUGUAGAUCAAAACCUAAAGCCUCUGAUUAUUGGCCCAGAGGAAGAUUGUGACCCAGGUUAUUUCAACAACGAGAGUGACAUCAUUUUCCAAGAUCUUGAAAAACUGAAGUCACGACCAGCUCACCUGGCAGUUUUUCUACGUUACAUCUUCUCUCAGGCAGACCCUGGUCCAUUGCUUUUUUAUUUGUGUUCAGAAGUUUAUCAACAGACAAACCCCAAGGAUUCCCGAAGCUUGGGAAAAGACAUCUGGAAUAUUUUCCUAGAGAAAAGUGCGCCUCUUCGAGUGAAGAUCCCUGAAAUGUUGCAGGCUGAGAUUGACUUGCGCCUGCGGAAUGGUGAGGAUCCUCGAAGCUUUCUCUGUGAAGCUCAGGAGGCAGCCAUGUUGGAGAUCCAGGAACAGAUCAAUGACUACAGAACAAAGCGCACUCUGGGGCUGGGCAGCCUGUAUGGUGAAAAUGACCUGCUAGAGCUGGAUGGGGACCCUCUGCGAGAGCGUCAAAUGGCCGAAAAGCAGCUGGCUGCCCUUGGAGACAUCUUAUCCAAAUAUGAGGAAGACCGGAGUGCUCCCAUGGACUUUGCCGUUAAUACCUACAUGAGCCAUGCUGGGAUCCGUCUUCGGGAGGCACGACCCUCCAGCACAGCAGAAAAAACCCAGUCUGCUCCUGACAAGGACAAGUGGCUGCCCUUUUUCCCUAAGACCAAGAAGCAGAGCAGCAAUUCCAAGAAAGAAAAGGAUGUCUUGGAGGACAAGAAACGAAACCCCAUUCUCAAAUAUAUUGGGAAGCCCAAAAGCUCUUCUCAGAACACAUUUCAUAUUCCCUUGUCCCCUGUGGAAGUUAAACCAGGUAAUGUGAGGAACAUCAUUCAGCACUUUGAGAACAGCCAGCAAUAUGAUGUCCCAGAACCGGGAACACAACGACUCUCAACAGGAAGCUUUCCUGAGGACCUACUGGAAAGUGACAGCUCACGCUCAGAGAUUCGCCUGGGCCGCUCUGAGAGCCUCAAGGGCCGGGAAGAGAUGAAGCGAUCUCGGAAGGCAGAAAACGUGCCCCGCUCUCGAAGUGAUGUUGAUAUGGAUGCUGCUGCUGAGGCCACUCGCCUCCACCAGUCAGCUUCGUCCUCUGCUUCCAGCCUCUCCACUAGGUCUCUUGAGAACCCAACCCCUCCUUUCACCCCCAAAAUGGGCCGCAGGAGCAUCGAGUCCCCCAAUCAGGGGUUCUACACAGAUGUCCUCCUUCCCCACCUCCUGGAGGAUGAUCUGGGCCAGCUGUCUGACCUGGAGCCAGAGCCAGAUGUCCAAAACUGGCAGCAUACAGUAGGCAAGGAUGUGGUGGCAGGGCUGACACAGAAGGAGAUUGACCGGCAAGAGGUCAUCAAUGAGCUAUUUGUGACGGAAGCAUCCCACCUACGCACACUUCGGGUCCUGGACCUCAUCUUUUACCAGCGCAUGAAAAAGGAGAACCUAAUGCCCCGGGAAGAGUUGGCCCGGCUCUUCCCUAACCUGCCUGAACUCAUAGAGAUUCACAAUUCCUGGUGUGAAGCGAUGAGGAAGCUCCGGGAAGAGGGUCCCAUCAUCAAAGACAUCAGUGACCUCAUGCUGGCUCGGUUUGAUGGUCCUGCCCGAGAGGAACUCCAGCAAGUAGCUGCACAAUUCUGUUCCUAUCAGUCAAUAGCACUAGAGCUGAUCAAGACCAAACAACGCAAAGAGAUUCGAUUCCAGCUCUUCAUGCAGGAGGCUGAGAGCCACCCUCAAUGCCGGCGGCUGCAGCUUCGAGACCUUAUCAUCUCUGAAAUGCAGAGGCUCACCAAGUACCCAUUGCUACUGGAGAACAUCAUCAAGUACACAGAGGGUGGCACAUCUGAGCACGAGAAGCUCUGCCGUGCUCGGGACCAGUGCCGGGAGAUUCUCAAGUUUGUAAAUGAAGCGGUGAAGCAGACGGAGAACCAACACCGAUUAGAGGGCUACCAGAAACGCCUAGAUGCCACUGCCCUAGAGAGAGCCAACAACCCCCUGGCAGCAGAGUUCAAGAGCCUGGAUCUUACAACCAGGAAGAUGAUCCAUGAGGGACCCCUGACCUGGAGGAUCGGCAAAGAUAAGACCCUAGACCUCCAGGUGCUGCUACUAGAGGACCUGCUAGUGCUGCUGCAGAGACAAGAAGAGAGGCUACUGCUGAAGUGCCACAGCAAAACAGCUGUGGGCUCCUCAGACAGCAAGCAGACCUUCAGCCCUGUGCUCAAGCUCAAUGCUGUUCUCAUUCGCUCAGUGGCUACAGAUAAACGAGCCUUCUUCAUCAUCUGCACUUCUGAGCUGGGCCCUCCCCAGAUCUAUGAGUUGGUUGCAUUGACAUCAUCAGACAAGAAUAUAUGGAUGGAACUCUUAGAUGAGGCUGUGCAGAACGCCACCAAGCACCCUGGAGCUGCCCCAACACCCAUCCAUCCCUCAUCCCCAGGAUCCCAGGAGCCAGCCUACCAAGGCCCUACCCCCAGCAGGGUAGGACUAAAUGACUCAGAAGUGUACCAUAGUGAACCAGAACCCAAGGACCUAUCUGGAGGUACUGGACCCAAGCAGAGAGUUCAAGGGAAGCAGCUGGUACCACAAGAGGAGCCCAAGCAGGAGGGCGAUGCAGAGGAAGAGGAGCUGGGAGCCUUAUCUCACUCUUCCCCGUCUCUGGAUGGAGAAAACAGGGGCAUCGGGACAAGGAACCCUGUCCGUCUGGCCCUUCCAGGCUCUCUGCUCAUGGAAGGACUUGCUGACGCUGCCCUGGAAGAUGUGGAGAACUUGCGACACCUGAUCCUAUGGAGCCUGCUGCCUGGUCACACUGUGGAGACUCAGGCUGCCAGUGAGCCUGAGGAUGACCUGACACCCACACCUUCUGUCAUCAGCAUUACUUCUCACCCCUGGGACCCAGGAUCCCCAGGGCAAGCUCCCACUGUAGGUGACAACACCCAGUUCCUGGGGCCAGAGGGAAGCCAGCCAGAGGAGGAAGAUGUGGCUCUCUGUUCUCUGGCACACCUUCCCCCAAGGACCAGAAAUUCUGGGAUCUGGGACUCUCCUGAGCUGGAUAGGAAUCCAGCUGAAGAGGCUUCAAGCACAGAACCAGUGGGAAGUUACAAAGUUGUGAGAAAAGUCUCUCCUCUCCCUGGUGGUGGUGUUGGUGCAGCCGAGGUGGCGGGCAACAAAGUUAUCCCUGCACUACCAGAGAGUGGCCAGUCAGAGCCUGAGCCACCUGAAGUGGAAGGAGGAACACAGGCUACGGGGAACUAUUUUUAUGUCAGCAUGCCAACAGGACUUGGGGACUCCAGCACUGAGCCUGCUGGGACACCCAUAAGCCUCUCCCAGCCUGACAGCCUCCCUGCAUGGCAGGCAGAUCCUCAGCACCAGCAGGGAAGGAGUGGGGAUCAAAGACACCCCAGCCGCUCUCCCCGCAGCCUGGUCUUCAGGGAUGUGGGUGUGAUCUUCCAAACCAUUGAGCAGCUCACCCUCAAGCUUCACAGACUCAAGGACAUGGAGCUGGCCCACAGAGAGCUUCUUAAGUCCCUUGGAGAAGAGUCAUCUGGUGGUACCACACCUGUGGGCAGUUUUAACACAGAGGCAGCCAGGUGGCCAGAGCACUCCCUCUUUCCUCCUGCCAAGGAACCCCUGGCAACUGACUUUCGGAAUAGUCACGAACAGGGGUCCUGCCUCGAAGAGGGCUCUGACACCCGCCUAGAAGAGAGCACUGCAGACACAGCUGUGUCACCAGGACCAUAGCCAUCCAGACCACAUCUCUGUAUCUCCACCGCCAGAGACUGGCCUGAGCCAAAGUACAUACAGCAGUGGGAGACCCAAACCUCCCCCUUGAAAGAUGCCACAGAGGCCUGGAGGAGACCACAUGUCGCUUCAUCUGCUCACAGUGGACAGAGUCCAGUUACAGUGUCACUGUCCCUCCCAAAGCCCAACUUUCUGUGGCUUCAGUGUCCUAAGCAUGGUGACCACAUCAUAAAGGCCUCCCAGGAUGCAGGGUCUACCCACUCACCCCGCAUACCCACAUAAUGUGUGUGGGGUGUGCUCUUUGGCACAGCACCCUCAGGUGUGCAGAUCAAGGGAGGAGGCCUCUAUGUAAAUGCACUUUCUUCCCUCCCAGGUUCAGGACAGAGCUAGGUACACUACUCUCCUUUUUGUCCCUUUGAUUGCCUAUGUCUUAUAUGUGCAUCUUUGCCAUUGUAAAUAACAGCCUUUUUUGUUUCUGUCCCUGGCAUGCUUACGUCAGAGACUGCUAAGGUGCGUGAAGUGGUCAGCAGUCCAGUUUAGGACCCUGUCACAUAGGCAGGUCGCCCAGCCUCCAGCCCUGUCAAGCUCCAAGAACCCCCUCUACAGCUUAGGCCUUCUCUUGUCAGAGGUACCUGCAGGGAGAUGCUUACCCCACCUACACCCACCCCUUCCCCACUUACCCCAUAGAAACCAAUAUAUCAGGUACGGAGUUCAAUACAGACCCCAGGAAAGGUGUGGGAGAUUGGAGUGCCAGAAUCCCUGAGUUAAGCCAGGGCCCUUCCCCGGGGGCCACCACAGAUUGUUCCAUCACCAUAUCCUCACUCCAUUCCCCACUAAUGAGCAUACACACUGUGCUAGGUGUAUAUAUACAUAUAUAUAUAAAUAUAUAUAAUAUAUAAAAUAUAGAUAUGAAAAUGACUGUUUUGCUGUUAAGAUAAUGUAUACUCUUAUUUUCUUCCUUUCAUGGUUAAGAUUUUUUUUUUUUUAAGAAAAGUUAAAUAUUCUUCAA